CGUGUUGGUCGCUUACUAUAAAGCCCAACAUUUCCUUGCUCUCUGUCCACUUUUCCUUCAACAUCCCACUAAGUUUGAGCAACCCCGCACUCAAGACAAUUUACCUACAAGUUCUCUUUCAUCAUGACUUUCUACCACUCCGCUGAGGACAUCCGUAUUGAAGGCUCCGUCCUCAAGGCUCGUCUCCGAACUGCUGGCGGCGAGUGGAACGACUCCGAGAUUGACCUCAAUUCGUGUAUCGGCAACGACAAUGGUCAUUUUACUUGGGACGGUGAGGGCUUUGCCCAUUCAGCAGAUAACAUCCAUUUUGCUCUGGAAGGUGAUGGUGACGUUCCUGUUCUCCGCGCCAGCUUGAGGGAUGCCGACGGCAACGAGGAGAGCCGUGACAUCAACCUUGGUGAGCGUAUUACUAACGAAGAUGGCCACUUUCGAUUCAGUUAAGCCAUCUUCAAUGGCCAUGUACAUGAGUAACAAUGCAUUAUGAUUUCGCAAAAUAUGCAAGAAUGUGUUCAUCCAACACUCACUUCUGUGACGCGACACGCGUGAGUUGAUGGGUCUGCGUCAUGCAGAAACUAGUACGUACGUGUACAUGUGUGGCUGUGCAACCUUAACAAGACAUUGCUGGCGCAUGCCGCCAGCUCUCAUUUCGGAUGUACUUUAGGUCUUACCUUAAUCCCUACCAGGCUCUUGUAGAUCUCUUAUUGCUUUUCCGGGUACAAAUAAGGUGAUUCUUUAGCGCUUAUAGGUAGUUGAUGGAAGCCGUCAUAUAUACAUGAUGAUGUACUUAUGUAGUUACAUAUGUUAUGGAAAUCUAGAAGUCUCCUCACGACUGUUUGCUUAUUGAGCUUCAACAGACCACAGCUAGAAAUAGCCUUAGAAACUUCCGAGGCCUGGUUAUUUUUCCAAAUUCGAAAGCUCGUUGCCGAAUAAAACG